GAUCAACCGAAGGUUUGGAGUUUAGCUCACGCGCUCUGGUUUAUAUAGAGAAACGUCACAUCCGUUGUAUACAGACUUCAUUCGCUGUCAAGAGGGUGGAUGCCUAGCUAGCUGGAAAUGACAUAGAGGCCUUACAGAUACAUUUGUGCUUUUGUCGCUCUUCUAAUCUGUGUUUUGUGGAGGAGAAGCGGCGAGAUCUGGGAGCACAUUUUGUUUCCUCAGUGAUUAAUAACUACCUCAGCCAGCAGAAGGAAACGGCGAGGAGUUUCCAACAGCAGUCCUAUCAGCUGGCUUCUGCUCACCGCCACAGACAAUGUGAAGAGAAUCUCUGACGGACUGGUUGUCUGCCCUCGCUCUGCUCCAUACACACAGCCAAUAGGCUGCCAUUGCAGAGAGGAAGUGAAGUGACAAGGCGCCAUUGUCCUACCGGAGAACCGAUUUAGUCUCUUUUUGUCAGACUCCUUGCUGUUGACCAGUGCCACAUUUCUUUUCAGAUUCUUGGCUUUUGUUUUUUGCUUACAGCUUUUAAAGAUUUAUCAGUAAAAACAUCUAAAUAUACAAACUAUACACAUGUUAUACAAAGACAUUUUCUGCUUCUUUGAAGGACUUGUUAUGCACAUGAAUCUUGUCUUGGAAUGAGAGAAUCGUGGAGUGUUUUCAGUUUUUUGAUCUGUCCUCUCAUAAACCAUUGACUCCCUUUUGAGGCAGAAAAUACAGAUUUGGAAAGGUGCAUUUCUGCCUGUUAUUUUUGCUGGGACUGUCCACCGUGAGCUGCAGCAGGGCUGCACAUAAACAUUACACUCAGUUAGCAAGUCUUUACCCUGCUCUCUGCAUCGCUCUGUUAGUUACAAAGCAUUUUGAGAUGAGCUUCUGGCAGAUGGAGCCCUUAAGUUGUCUUUUUACAUAAAUUCCAGGACUAUUGGUUUGUUGUAUUCUAUAAGAGAGCUUCUGGUUGGCUGAAAUCCGGAGCUUCCAGAGUCAGCCUGACACUUAUGUAUUGUUGUAGUGCGCAGGAAAGUAAAAUGGACUACAAGCGGCGCUUUUUGCUCGGCGGGUCCAAGCAGAAAGUCCAGCAAUACCAGAUGCCUGAGCUGAGCCGGACCCUCAGCGCCCCCCUGGGCUCCACCUGCUCCCCCAUGGGUGGCUCCACCGGGAUGGGCAUGCCCGGCAGCUGCCAACCACCUCCCCCCAACACCACUGCGGUCGCUGACAUUCAGCAGGGCAUCUCCAAGUACCUGGAUGCACUGAAUGUGUUCUGCAGGGCCAGCGCCUUUCUCACUGACCUGUUCAGCAGCGUGUUCAGGAACUCCCACUACUCGAAAGCAGCUAUGCAACUUAAGGACGUGCAGGAACAUGUCAUGGAGGCGGCCAGCCGGCUGACUGCAGCAAUAAAGCCAGAGAUCGCCAAGAUGCUGAUGGAGCUGAGCGCUGGGGCUGCCAACUUCAAAGACCAGAACGACUUCAGCCUGCAGGAUGUAGAGGUGCUGGGUCGGUGCUUCCUGACGGUGAUGCAGGUGCACUUCCAGUUCCUAUCCCAGGCCCUGCAGAAGGUGCAGCCUGUGGCCCAGUCGUGCCUGGCAGAGGCCCUUGCCCAGGCCCAGGAGCGACGCAGCAAUGUCCGCUCCCAGAGCUCCUGCCCUGGGCCCCUGACGGAGCUGGAGGAGGCCUCACGAUCAUGGAAGGGUGCAGCCGAGGCCACGGGACGUCUGAGGGAGAGGGGACGUGACGGCUGCCUGGCAGGCAUCCAGAUCCAGCAGCUCUUCUGCUCCAACAACCCCAACAUCCCUGAUCACCAUCUGAAGGAGCUCAACAUGAAGAUCGACAGUGCCUUGCAGGCUUAUAAAGCAGCACUAGAAAGUAUGGGCCACAGUGAAUAUGCACUGAAAGCUGGCUUUCACCUCAAUCCCAAAUCUGUGGAGGCAGCUUUACAGGGCUGCUGCAGUGAGGCAGAGGCCCAGCAGGCUGGCAGGAUGCAGACCAUCUCCCAGCCCAUUCAAUGUGAGCUGCCCACCAUACCUGUGCAGAUUGGCGCCCACUUCCUUAAAGGAGUGUCCUUCAACGAAUCGGCGGCUGACAACCUCAAACUGAAAACGCACACCAUGUUGCAGCUCAUUAAAGAGGCAGUGGGGCAGAAUGGAGUGACCCCCCGGGAUGACUCCCCCGUCACUGAGGUCCUCAACCAGGUCUGCCCUUCCAGCUGGAGAAUGGCCUGCAAGACCGCCGUCCAGUUACUGUUCGCUCAGGCGGGACUGGUGGUUGUUGACACUGCUCAGAUGGAGAACAAGGAAGCCUAUGCUCCACAGAUUACUCUGGAGGGCUCCAGAGUUGUGGUACAAGUACCCUCCACAUGGUGCCUGAAAGAGGACCCAGCCACCAUGUCUCUGUUGCAGCGGAGUCUGGACCCAGAGAAGACCCUCGGCCUGGUGGACGUGCUAUAUACCGCCGUCUUUGACAUCAAUAGGUGGAAGGAGUGCAAAGAACAGGCCUUGCCCACCAUUCAGAUGCAGUUACAGCGGGAGAGCUCUGACUACGGGAUGCAGGUAGACCUGCCUUCUGGAAAUGGCUCCAAAGCCCCCAGUGGACUGCCCAAAACUAUCUCCAAGCUAACUUCCAAAUUCACAAAGAAGGCUUCUUCCAGCUCUGUGUCCAGUGGUGGUGGGGGCAGCUACUCUAUUCCCAGCACCCCAUCCCAUAGCAUGCUCUCCUCUAGCAGCAGCUCUGAAGACCAGCAGUUUAAGAGCCUGGGUCACGCAGUAGACGGAAGACUGCAGAGCAUCUUACAGCUGGGCAACCUGUCCAGCAACCCAGACCCCACCCAGCCCCAGAACGGUUCAGUGUGUGACGACCAGGGCAUGAACCUCCCCACGGACCAGGAGAUGCAGGACGUCAUUGACUUUCUCUCAGGUUUCAAUAUGGGCAAGUCCCAGCAAGCCUCCCCACUGGUCAAAAGGAGGAACUCUGUAGCGUCUGCCAACGCCGCCGAGCUGAAGCCCCCGAGCGGAGCCACCGACCGAACCCCAACCUCUCAAGCUGUCUCCCACAGUUCACUGCAGCCCCCUACCCAGAGUAUUCCCCAGCAUCAGCAGCCAGUGCAGCAGCAACAGCCACCACCACCACAGCAGCCCUCCCAACAGGUACUGCAGUACUACCAACACCUCCUCCAGCCUAUUGGUCAGCAGCAGCAUGCUCCACCUCAGCUGCCCUCCCAACAGCCUCCACCCCAGGCUCUUCCCCAGCAGAGAGUGCCAAGCAAGUGGCUGAGUGGUUCCAGCCAGCAGCAGCCUCCUCCCCAGGGCCCCCCUCCCCCAUCAGGGCUCUCCCCCCUGGGGCCAAUUGGCCAGUGGGGCUCACCUGGCCUCCCAGACCUGAGCUCGGACCUGUACAGCCUGGGGCUGGUCAGCACCUACAUGGACAGUGUCAUGACUGAGAUGCUGGGGCAGAAGCCACAAGGUCCCCGCAACAACACCUGGCCCAACAGGGACCAGAACGAGGGGGUGUUUGGUGUGCUGGGAGACACUUUGCCCUUUGACCCCGCAGUUGGCUCUGACCCUGAGUUUGCGCGUUACGUUGCCGGAGUCAGCCAGGCCAUGCAGCAGAAACGGCAGGUGCAGCACAUCCGUCGACCCAGCAACACCCGCGGCAACUGGCCCGUCUCUGAUGAGCAGCACAGGACCUGGUCCCACCCAGAGUACUACAGUGAGGGGGAGGUGGUCCACAGCAGCUGGUCAGCCAAUCAGGGAGACUCUGCCAGCUCCAGUGAUGAGACGUCCUCAGCCAAUGGGGACAGCCUGUUCUCCAUGUUCUCUGGACCUGAUCUUGUUGCAGCCGUCAAACAAAGAAGAAAACACAGCUGUGGUGAGCAGGAGGUGUGUACCCUUCCCUCUCCUCCCCUCCAUCACUUGGGAGAUGAUAAUAACCAGGAAAGCAAAACUAAAACUUGGCCGCCGAAGGCCCCAUGGCAGCACUCCACUCACACUCAACACAACACCAUGCCCAAUCCAAGCUCUUCCCUGUACCAGAUGAACAUCCCUUCCAGCCAAUGGAGUGAUUCCAUGCAGAUGUUGCAGUCUCCGGUGUGGUCCACUGCCAGUGACUGCCCUCCCUCCACCGGGAUCUCCUCUGGCUUCUCUCACUUCACCCAGCAGCAGCAACAGCAGCACAAACCCAUCAGCAAGGGCUUUAAAUCCUUCCCCAUCAAACAUGAGCACAGGCCCUCUUACCUUAACCAGUACUGAUACAGACUAAACAAAUGAGUCCAUUGGCAUGGUAGAAUACCUGUAGCUGUAUUUCUGAAGCAAGUUCUGCUGUGACCAUUAGUAAUGUUGCCCUAACCAUUCAAUUGAACAGUCUAAGUAUGUGUUUUCAGGCAAAAUUGCAUUGUUCAUACUGGCUUAACAUUUUGUAUGUGUUUUCAGGCAAAAUUGCAUUGUUCAUACUGACUUAACAUUUUGUAUGUAUUUUCCCAUUUCAAACACCCCCUAUUUGAAAAAGACAUUCUAAACUGCCAUGUAAAAGCUGUAAGCAAUGCAUGUCAUCCUGGCAGCAUUUAGUCUGCCAGAUAAAGUUUAUACUGUUUCCUCAGACGAGCUUGAAACAUGCACGGCCAUCAUCCACUUUUCUUCUCCUUCUGAAAAUGUGUACGGGAUAAGAUUUUAGGGGGUGGGCUCUAAACAAGGCACUCCAGUUUUCCCCAUAAUUGUAUACUGUCUACAUAGCUGUAACUGCCAAAUCUCAUGUAAGAUGACUCAGACUACAGCUAACAUCUACUGUUCCAUAGCUUGUAAAUUACUGAAGUUGAAAUAUAAAUAAUAAUUUACUACUUUUUAUUAAGAGGCUUUGAGCAGGCUCAGCAUAAAUAUUAUAAUCAUUGCAGAGGUGUAAUUGAAAAAAAAAUACUACUUUUUCAACAACUGACAAGAGUAAAAGAUAUAUAGCAGUAACUAUGUGCCAUGUUGGUAUUAAUAGCACUUGCAUAAUAUUAUUUUCCAACCAAAGUGUUGUUCAGAAGAUAAAUGGUGCUGAAGAGAAGUCAGUUUAUUAUAUUGAUCAUUAAUAAAGUUACGAGCCCUAGAGCAUUAGGGAAAGUCUUUAUGAUCAAAAAGCGCAUUCAUUUCCUUUUCCCGAUUGGCAGUUCACUUCAGAAUGACACUAACUCAAACCUGUUUGUUCCUUUAAAAUACAAUAUUUUCAUGUACAAAUAUUGACAGUAUUAAUCUUAUUUUUGUAUUUUCUUACAUGUUCUACAAUUACUGUAUGUUACUUAACACAAUCCCCCCCCCCCCCCCCCCAAGAUGCGAAGGCACAUUCAUUUCUUUAGUUCAGAGUUUAACGACACCAUAUCUAUAAAGGUUACCAAAUAUGCCAUUAUAAACACUAAAACAUUGUGUAGGGUAUUUUUUUUUUUGCCCAUGUUACUUCAGUUUCUAUGGCUACGGGCUGUAUUUAAAGGCCCAGAAUGUUAACUUUUUGAUGUUUGCAGAUGCCAAUGUUGCCUGUAUUUAUGAAAUGACACAAUGUUUUCUGAAAACUAACAUACCAUGUUUACAGAGAUGUUUGCUGUAUAAAUAUCUUUUUAGUUGUGCUUUGCACAAUCAAAAUAUAGGGUUUGUUGCAUUGUCUGUUAUUUCCCAAACUUUUGCUGCCUUUUUUUUUUUUUUACAUCUUUAAAGACCUUGGACUGUAACCGUUAGCAUAUUUUAGCUGUGGCAUCUACAAAAAAGUAACCCUGACAGAAGAUAUGAAGGGGGACUGCUUGGCUUCUUGUUCUCUUGAGCUGGCAACUGAAUCUUCCCAAGUGUAUCAGCAAUGCAACAAAAAUGAAUAAAAAUUACUAGCAAUUGAA